AUGGCCGACAACGCGGAGCUUGAGUCAUUUCGGCGCCAAUGGCGACAGGAAGUCGAGAGUCGAACAAAACCGAACACUGCGGGAGUGUCGCAGGCCACACCUUCCAGAUCUGCUGCACCACCGCCACCUCAUCCUCGCCAAUUCCCUCCAACUCGACAUGAAGCAUUUGCGCGCAAAGAGGAAGAAGACGAGGAAGGAGUGGCAACUCCGGGCCAAGCUGAGCUUAUUCAGGGGGUUGAUAGGUUAUCCCUAGCUAGGCCCGACGAUGAGGAUGCUUUCCAUUCACGAACACCCCGCACAGAGCCGAAAUCAGCUCUUGAACACUUCGAGCGAGCAGUCGAGAAAGAAGCGGAAGGAAACUUAGGAGACAGUCUACAACACUAUCGAAAAGCAUAUCGUCUGGACGCCGCAGUCGAUAAAGAAUACAGGAAUAAACACUUCGCGGGCGCCUGGAAAAAGGCUCCUCAACCUGCGACUUCUAAGGAAUCCACAAAAUCUCCCUCGGGCGAGACGUUCGAAAUUGUGCCAACACCGGAGCUUAUCGCGUCAUUUUCCAGCUUUCCUAUCCCUCCGGCGGAACCGCUUUUCGAAGGCGAUCCUGCUCCUCCCUGCCCUAUCGCCCACGUACCAUCCGAAGUCAUUGUUGAGAUCUUGCGACAUGUCGCGUUAGCAGACCCAGCAGCUUUUGGCCGGAUGGCUCUGGUGUGUAAGCGCUUUGCGUAUCAUUUCUCCCAUGAGCAGCAUAUAUGGAAACGACUCUGCCAAGGAGCCAGAUUCGGGUUCAAAUCCAUGCAUUAUUCUUUCGCCUGUGACAUCCAUGGCAAUUCAGAACAGUCCCUAGAGCCCGUCGCUCGGUACACUCCAUUUCCUACGGAUAUCCCUGUUCAGCUCCCAAGUCCGCUAUCCUCGUGGAGUGAGGUUUUCCACACCUAUCCUCGGAUACGGUUCACCGGAAUAUACAUUAGCACAGUAAACUACACCCGUGCAGGUGCAGCAUCGGCGUACUCAAAUAUCUCAUGGAACAGCCCAAUUCACAUAGUUACUUACUACCGAUACCUUCGAUUCUACCCGGAUGGAACAGUCAUCUACCUACUUACCACUGUUGAGCCUGUCGAUGUGGUUCCGCAUAUUAACAAAGCAAACGUGACAGCGGCGCGGGCGCCGUCUCGCAAACAGCAUCAGAAAAAUGCUCCAGAUUCAGUGACUGGACCUCAAGAUCCGGUUCCUCCUAUUGCCUUGGACGCCCUGAAGCGCGCUCAAUGGGGUCGAUGGCGCCUCUCAAGACCAGAAUCGCCCUCCCAUCCAGCCGAGGAAUCUGAGUAUUCUUUUCCAAUCAAGGACAAGUUGACGAGUACGCCCGACCUUACGGAUCUUGUUGUCGAGACUGAAGGAGUAGGAGCGAAGUACAUCUACGUCCUCCACCUAGCCCUCCGGUCAACCACAGCUCGGCCUCCGAAUGCCAAUCCGAUGACUCCCAAUCCUUCACGGAAUACCAAGUUAGUCUGGAAGGGCUACUGGAGUUACGACAAACUCACUGACGACUGGGCCGAGUUUGGCCUUAAGAACGACCGCGCAUUUGUCUUCCGGCGUGUCCGUGGCUGGGGCUUGAACUAA